CUAGCUGUGCCCGGCCGUUAAUUCACGGGUAACCAAAAUGAAUAAACAACUAGUAUAAAUAAAGGGAUUUUAAUGUUUUAAAAAAAAAAAGAGAAAAAAUAUCACCUUGCUCCUUUCUAUUUAUACCUACAUAAUUAAUCACUUGGGCAAAUCUCAUUCCAUUCUUCUUCUUGUUUAGUUCAAAAACUCUCAUUCUAGAGUUAAUUAAUUAGACAUUAUGGCUUCUGAGAAAGUUGAGACAGUUAUUGCUGGUAAUUACUUGGAAAUGGAGAGAGAAGGAGAAGAAGCCAAUUCCAAUAAUUCUGUGAGAAACAAAUUAUCCAAUUUUUUCUGGCAUGGUGGAUCUGUUUAUGAUGCAUGGUUUAGUUGUUCUUCUAACCAGGUUGCUCAAGUGUUACUUACAUUACCAUAUUCAUUUUCACAACUUGGAAUGUUGUCUGGAAUUAUAUUUCAACUCUUCUAUGGUUUGAUGGGAAGCUGGACUGCUUAUCUUAUAAGUGUGCUCUACGUUGAGUAUAGAACUAGAAAAGAAAGAGAAAAAGUUGACUUCAGAAACCACGUCAUUCAGUGGUUUGAAGUUCUUGAUGGACUACUAGGAAAGCAUUGGAGAAACAUUGGCCUCUUUUUUAACUGCACUUUUCUUCUAUUUGGAUCAGUCAUUCAGCUAAUUGCAUGUGCAAGUAACAUAUAUUAUAUUAAUGACAAUCUUGAUAAGAGAACUUGGACUUAUAUCUUUGGAGCUUGUUGUGCCACAACAGUGUUCAUUCCUUCAUUCCACAAUUACAGAAUUUGGUCAUUUGUAGGGCUUCUUAUGACAACUUACACUGCAUGGUAUCUUACCAUUGCUUCUCUUCUCAAUGGACAGGUUGAGGGAGUGAAGCACUCAGGACCAACCACAAUGGUUCUCUACUUCACUGGGGCUACAAACAUUCUUUAUACCUUUGGUGGUCAUGCUGUCACAGUGGAAAUAAUGCAUGCAAUGUGGAAGCCACAAAAGUUCAAGACGAUAUAUUUGAUAGCAACAAUAUAUGUGUUAACACUAACACUGCCAUCAGCAAGUGCAGUGUAUUGGGCUUUUGGAGAUGCACUUCUCUCCCACUCCAAUGCUUUGGCUUUGCUACCAAAGACUAAGUUUAGAGACUCUGCUGUCAUUCUCAUGCUUAUUCAUCAGUUUAUUACAUUUGGAUUUGCAUGUACCCCAUUGUACUUUGUAUGGGAGAAGUUCAUUAGAGUUCAUGAGACAAAGAGUUUGUUUAAAAGAGCAAUGGCAAGACUCCCAGUGGUUAUUCCAAUAUGGUUCUUGGCAAUUAUUUUCCCCUUCUUUGGGCCUAUCAACUCCUCUGUUGGAUCUCUACUUGUUAGCUUCACAGUCUACAUUAUUCCUGCCUUAGCACACAUGCUUACUUUUGCUUCCCCAUCAGCUAGAGAGAAUGCCGUGGAGCAACCACCGUCAUUCUUAGGAAGGUGGGUUGGCUUGUAUUGUACCAACAUAUUUGUUGUGGUAUGGGUCUUCAUUGUUGGUUUUGGAUUUGGAGGGUGGGCAAGCAUGGUCAAUUUUGUACAUCAAAUUAACACUUUUGGACUCUUCACUAAGUGUUAUCAAUGCCCUCCACAUAAGGCUUGAGUAGGAUAUAUGACUACUAUUUAUGUAAGGAAGUUAAGAAAAACUAAAAAUACCUAUAUGAAGUGUGUACAAAUUAUUUGGCUGUCGCAACCACUUUUUCCCUACCCCUCAACUUUUAAUUUAUCCUUUUAUUUUCUUGUAAUUUAAGACGACUUUAUUAACUUGAGUGCUAGUGGCUUUUCUUUUUUCUGUUUUCAUUUUUCUUCUGGAGGAAAAUGUAAUUUCCUUUGUUUUGGGGGGUUUUAUGUAAUGUGGAUUAUUUGGUAAUAUAUACGUACGAUCUUGUUUUUUUUAA